AUGUCUGACACUGCAUCUCAGCCAUGCUCUUGCCAGUAUCUAUUGCCUGGUUUUGUAGCCGUUCAUGUUGGUGCUGGUCAUCAAUCAAAAGAGCGCUCGAAUCAGUAUAAAGAUACGUGUAAGAAAGCUUGUUUAAACGCCAUACGAGCACUAAAAAAUGGGAAAAAUGCAUCGGAAGCCGUUUGUAUUGCUGUUGCCGUAUUGGAGGAUGAACGAGAAGAAGAACAGCGUCUUGAUACCGUAGGCGCAAUAAUUAUUGAUACUAAUGGCAAUGUCGCUGCUGCAGCAUCAAGUGGUGGAAUUUUAUUAAAACAUUCUGGACGUAUCGGACAUUCUGCACUGUACGGAUGUGGCUGCUGGAUAGAUCAACAAGAGAAUUGUUCAGUUGCUAUUGUUUCAUCAGGUACUGGAGAAUUUUUAACAAAAACCUUAUUUUCAAAAUCAAUUAGUGAUCAAUGUAUCGAAAAUGAUAUUACGCCAGAAAUGAUCAAAACAAUUUUGAAUAAAAUAUUUUUAAAUCGAACAAUGACGCCUUUGAAUGCAGAUAAAUAUCUCGGAUUUAUUUUACUUAAAACAAGCCUCAACACAGAUAAUGACAGGACAGUUGAAUUUGUAUGCAGUCACAACACCAAAACAAUGUGUAUUGGCUAUAUGAAUACCAAUCAGUCGAAUCCCCAUACGCUGUUUUCUGAAUUACAAAACAACGAAACAUUAUCGAUUAAUAUUGAAGCAUUUGUAUUGAAUAAACAAUCUGCUUGCUCAUGUAAAACAUUCUAG